AUGUUCGGCUCCAACUCGUUUGGCGCGCUGGCCGUUGAAACGCCCCCAAGUGGCGGUAACGCCGGGUCCGAGCCCACGGAGGGCGAGGAGAUCGACGUUGACCUCGUGAGGAGCAACCCGCACGACGCGAAUGUGCGCGUCGGACCGAAGGUCGAUCUGAAUGGCCUGCCGAGUGAGAGCUCGCUGCUUGCCGUGUCGAAUCGGAACGACCUCCUUGCUGCUGGCGGGAACAAUGGACUCGAAGCCCGAAUCGGUGCCCGUGCAGACGCUGAGCCUCCCUGGACGCCCGAUCUGGGUCAGAACGACGAGCGCAUUGUUGUCGUCAGCACUGGUGGUAUCCUGCUGUUCAAGACUGCAAAUGUUCUUGGUGGAAACCUAGGCGCGUACGUUGCCCUCGUGUCGCCCGAGGGCAUGGUGCUGCUGGACGUCGACGAGGCGAAGGUGUCGGCUCCCCUGCCUGGGCCGUUCACUGCGGCCUCCUGGUCCGCGAAGGGCAAGCAGAUCGUCCUCGGCACACCUGGCGGCAAGCUCGUCCAGUACACGCCUGAGGGACAGGCCAAGGCUGAGAUCGCCCCGCCGUCCGACAUGGAGAACCCGCGCUCGACCUUUGUGCAGUGGCUCGAGAACGACCUGUUCCUUGUUGGAUACGCGAUGGAGGGUGCGGACCAGGCCGACCCGCUGGACCUGUACGUCGUUCGCCGGAGCAAGACGGGCUGCACGUACGUCAAGUUCUGGGACGUGAACAACUCGAUGGGCUACAGCGGCCGCAGCGGACAGCACCGCCACUUCGCCGGUCUCAAGGACUGGGGAGACAACAAGCACCUCUCAUUCCUCCUGUCGCCGAUUGCGAGUGAAAUCGGAGUGCUGAGGGGUACGCCGACAGACUGGCAGAGCCUGGUCCUCGAGGAGACAGCGCGCGGCAUCAUGCCCGCCGCCUCUGUCGGUACCGACGACACGUCUCCUCUCGGCCUCGCCCUCGACUUGACGAGCAAGAAGCCUAUCAAGCGCGGCAUCGUCAACGGCGAGGAGCAGCCCGACCUCCCGCCCUGUCCCCGUAUUCUCGCCUACUCGCAAGAGGGUAUUAUUCUCUCCUUCGACAUCCGCAUUCCCGACGCUGGCGCGUACCCGAACAUGGUGACGCCGGGCGCCGCCCAGCCCGCCUCCGCCGCUCCCUCCACCGCGGCGUCAGUCGCAACUUCGCCCGAGAAGAAGCCCGCCUUUGGCGGGUUCGGCAGCGGUACGCCCGCCUUCGGCCAGAGUGCGUUCGGAAAGCCCGCCUCCGGAUCAGCUUUCGGCCAGUCCGCCUUUGGCACCGGCAGCACGACGCCGGGCUCGAGCCCCGCCAAGCCCGCGUUCGGCGGCGCCGGCGCGCCCUCCUUCGGCUCCUCGAGCUUCGGACAGAAGCCGGCGGGCCAGAGCGCGUUCUGCUCCAGCGCCUUUGGAUCGAGCACCGGAGGAUCUGCGUUUGGUCAGAGUGCUUUCGGCACGACGACGCCGUCUGGCACGCCCGCCAAACCCGCGUUCGGCGCCAGCGCGUUCGGAAGCACCACGCCGAGCACCACGCCCGCCAAGCCUGCCUUUGGCGGGUUCGGAAGCACGACGCCGGCAUCUUCGCCCGCUCCCGCAUUUGGUCAGAGUAGCACUCCCGCUCCCGCCUUCGGACAGUCUAGCACCCCUGCCCCCGCGUUCGGACAGUCCAGCACCCCCUCCGCGCCCGCCUUCGGCCAGUCGGCCUUUGGACAGAAGCCCGCCGGCUCGCCCUCCGCCUUUGGGCAGUCCGCGUUCGGCUCUUCCUCGACCUCGAGCGCUUUCGGAGCCUCGGCCGGUCAGACGUCCGCCUUCGGCUCGAGCGCGUUCGGACAGAAGACGGAUGCCUCCAAGACGUCUGGUUUCUCUGGCUUCGGCCAGAAGCCCGCCACGAACUCGGCCUUCGGCUCCAGCUCUGCGUUCGGACAGAGCGCCUUUGGACAGAGCGCGUUCGGGCAGAAGAGCGACAGCAAGCCUGCUUUCUCUGGAUUUGGAACACAGGCCAAGCCUGAUGACAAGAAGGAGGAGCCCAAGGACGACAAGAAGGAGGAGAAGAAGGACGACAAGCCUGCAUCUGGCUUCAGCGGUUUCGGUCAGAAGACGGACGGCCAGUCCACCUUUGGAGCGAGCACGUUCGGCCAGAAGACGGACAAGCCCGCGUUCGGCGGCUUCGGUCAGAAGUCCGAGGAGAAGAAGGACGACAAGCCCGCGUUCGCUGGGUUCGGCAAGCCUGCGGAGAAGAAGGACGACGCGAAGCCCGCGUUCCCUGGUUUCGGCAAGCCUGCUUCGCCCGCCAAGUCACCCUCUCCUUCGCCCAGCAAGGAGAAGGACUCGUUCGGACUCGGCGACCUCGGUGCGGCGAUCACGAAGCCCACCGGCAUCGAGUCCCCGCCCAGCUCGCCCGGUUCGCCCGUGGCUUCCGGCGGUGUGCCUGGGCUCGAGGACAGCCCACCGUCCUCGCCCAAGCCGGCUGCUAAGCCUGCUCCGACUCCCGCUCCUGCCCCUACCUCGACCUCGACGUCUUCGUGGAUCAAGCCUGCCACCGCGUUCGGCUCCUCCACCUCUGGGGGCUUUGGUGCCUUCGGUGGCAACAAGAGUGGUUCCGCGUUCGGCUCCGGCUCCGCCUUCGGCUCUGGAGGCGCGUUCUCUGGCGGCGCUUCCGCGUUCGGCAAGCCCUCGCCGCCUGCCUCCGGCCAGACCAGCCCGACGCGCACUGGCGCCCCUGCUUUCGGUCAGUCAUCCGUCCCGGCCGCACCCAAGUUUGGUCAGUCGUCGACCCCCGCCUUCGGUCAGAGCUCCACGCCUACUUUUGGCCAGUCCUCGACGCCCUUCGGUAAGAGCUCGAAUCCCGCGUCCUCGAGCACGCCCACACCCUCCGCGUUCUCGAGCACCGGCGGCUUCUCCGGUUUUGGCUCCGGCACCUCCGCUUUCGGUGCCAAGGCUGGCCAGAAGAGCAUCUUCGACUCGGCCAAGGACGACAAGAAGGAUGACAAAAAGGAGGAGAAGAAGGACGAUGCUAAGGACGUUAAGCCCGAGAAAGCUGCCAUGCCCGCUGGCUACGACGUCCCCGCCUCUCCCAAUAAGGACACGAAGCCCGAGUCUUCCAAGAAGGAGGAGAAGAAGGAUGAGGACAAGAAGGCUGAGACUCCCUCCUCGCCCAAGAAGGACGACAAGAAGGUUGAAAGCCCCGCUUCACCCAAGAAGGACGAGAGGAAGGAUGAUGCCCCCAAGCCGGAGAAGGCCGUCAUGCCGCCUGGCUACGACUCGCCGGCCAAGAAGGACGAAACUCCGGCCAAGUCCGAGAAGGACGAGAAGAAGUCCGCUGAUCUUGCCGAGGCUGCCAAGACGCCGAUCAAGUCCGAGGACAAGGAGGCCACCGAGUCGAAGCCGGCGACGCCCAAGUCGUUCGCCGACGCUGUAAAGUCCCCCUCGCCCGCCAAGGCUACUGCGCUUCCGGACUCACCCGAUGUUGAGUCGCUCAGCGACGACGAUGGUGAUGACAACCACGUGCAUGUGCAUGUCCACUCUGCGACUGUCGUCGGACCCGACGGAGAGGAGGAGUACGACUACUACAACGGAGACGAGGAUGACUAUGACGACGAGGAGUACGAUGAGGAGGAGGACGAGGGCGAGUUCGACGACGAUGACGAGCAGGAGGACGAGGACCACCUGGAGGAGCUCGAGGACGAGGUUGACGAGGACGCUGAAGCCGCGUCUCUCGGAACCAUCCCCGAGGAUGAGGAAGAGGAGGGCAGCGACCAUAGCGACGACAAGCCCGAGAAGUCGCCCAAAUUGCCCAAGUCGCCUACCUGGUUCGCCUCUGACUCGCCGCAGAAGAAGGACCAGCCCCUCCCGUCGCUGCUCUCGCGUCUCGGUCCGCCCGUCAAUCAGAAGGAUGACGAGGAGGAGGACGAAGAGGAUGAACACGAUGACGAGGACGAGGAGCAUGAUGAGGAUGAGGAUGAGGAUGAGGAUGAGGACGAGGACGAGGAGGAGUCGCCUCAAAAGGAUGACACCAAGUCGACACCCUCGUCCAAGCCCUCGCUGCUCUCGCGCAUGUCGCCGCCCGCCAAGGGCGUCGAGUCGCCCAUCCCCACGCGCACCGUUCCGCCGCUCAAGCACGCUCCCAAGACCUCAAGUCCUCUCGCUUUGACCAAGUCUGGUGGUGAUGGUGACGACACGGAAGAGGAGGAGGGACAUGAGCCAGGUGAGACUCCAUCCGAGACCCCCGAGACCGAGACGGACGACGACUCUGGCGCAAGGAAGGACUCGAUCGGUAGUGUCGGUCUGAAUCUUGCCAGCUCCUGGGGCAACAAGCAGGGCAAGAAGGAAAAGGAAAAGGACGACAGCGGCGACAAGCCCAAGUUCUCGUUUGGAGCCAAGCCCGCUGCCGGAGAAUGGACGUGUGACACUUGUAUGCUGAAGAAUCCGGACAGUGCCAAGGAGCAGUGCACUGUCUGCGAGGCCCCCCGCCCCGGCGCGAAGCCAGCAGCUAAACCCGCAGCGCCUCCCGGUCCGCCCGCACCUCCCGCCGGCGGCUUCAGCUUCGGCGGUUUCGGAAAGAAGGACGACUCCUCCAAGUCCGGCUCUCCCACUCCGCCUGCGUCUGGCGGCUUCAGCUUCGGUGCAAAGAAGGACGACACGAAGCCCGCGGCCCCAUCCUUCGGCUUCGGCAAGCCUCCUGCCCCUCCCAGUGGCGGAUUCUCGUUCGGUCAGAAGUCCGAGCCAGCCAAGGAGGACAAGAAGAGUGACAGCAAGGAUGACAAGGGCGCGAAGAAGGACGAUGCCAAGGGCGCCGACUGGACCUGCGGCACUUGCAUGCUCAAGAACCCCGACAGCGCCAAGGAGCAAUGCACUAUCUGCGAGGCCCCUCGACCUGGCGCGAAGCCCGCUGCUGCUGCAAAGCCUCCCGGCCCUCCAGCUCCCCCUGCUGGUGGCUUCAGCUUCGGAGGCUUCGAAGCCCGAGGAGAAGAAAGGCAAGGCUGCUCCCCUGCGCCCCCUCUCUUGCCUCUUGCCGGCCUCUGGUCGGAUGCGCACCUGACACCUCGUACUGCUCCUGCUCCUCCUGCUGCUCUCGACCUCACAUCCCUCGACAUCGUCUCCCUCCUCCUCUCUCCAGUCCGACGUCUCAUGUCAACACCGCUUGUCAUGGCGUGCAUUGCGUGCACGCAGGAAGGACAAGGUAUGGAAAUUUUGGAACGGCAAGAAGGAAAGUGCGACGAGGACAAGGGGGGCAAGGAGGCAACAUCCCCUGCUCCUGCUUCGGGUUCGCCUGCUCCGGCCCCCGCUUUCGGCGGCUUCGGCAAGCCCGCUUCGCCUGCUCCGGGAGCGGCGCCUGCACCUGCUUUCGGCGGAUUCGGCAAGCCGGCCUCCCCUGCCCCUGCCUCGCCAUCUGCGUUCGGUGCUCCGGCUUCUGGUGCUCCGUCUGCGUUCGGCGGUUUCGGCAAACCUGCCUCUCCUGCACCUGCACCGGCACCUGCUCCAACUGCUCCGCCCGCGUUCGGUGGGUUCGGUAAGCCUGCGUCGCCUGCUCCUGGUGCGGCUGCGCCUGCACCUACAGCUCCUCCCACGUUUGGAGGCUUUGGCAAGCCUGCCGCUACCCCCGCGUCGCCUGCACCUGCUCAGUCGCCAUUCGGCCUCGGCAAGCCCAGCCAGCCCACUCCCUCUGCGGGCAGCCCUGCGCCAGGUGCUGCUCCAUCGUUCGGUGGUUUCGGCAAGCCCUCGCCUGCUGCCCCGCCGGCACUGGCGACGCAGACGCCUCCUGCCCAGGCGACCUCUGCCCAGCCGUCCAAGCCAGCCGCAUCCGUGCAGCAGUUCCAGCAGCCUACGCGACCUGCCGCACCUCCCCAUCCGCCUGCGACCAGUGCGUCGGGCAAGACGAUGGCUGCGACGCUCGAGCACAUCAUCAACGACACGACGAACGGCUUGUCGCAGCUGAAGCAGACCCUGUCCGGCAACGCAAAGUAUCACGAGCAGAUGCAGGGCGCACAGUUCCCGAAGCCUUCGGCCGACACUAUUGCUCACCAGAAGAUGCUCCCGUUCUCGGCACUCGAGGACGUGCUCAAGAUCACGAAGGGGCUCGAGGAGGAGCUCGCGCGUGUGCGCGGUGAGGUGCAGAAGAGCGACGUCGUCAUGGCCGAGCUGCAGUCUAAGAUGCUGAAGAGUGAGUUUAAACACCCCUGCGGGCGAGCCCGUGAGCUCAUGGGAUCACCGCUGGGAUCUCCCGGUUUCGGGUUCAUGGGCCCAUUACAUGAGUGUUCGGAAGCUGACGAAACAGCCGACAUGAAGGCGGGUCAGGCAGACAAAUUCCUCAAGGCGCGCAAGGACCCGUCAUUCGCGCGUGCGAUGCAGGUCAAGGAGCUCAGCCCGCAACAGCACGCUGACCAGGUGCGCCUGCGCAAGAUUGUGUCGAUGACCGAGUCGCGCCUGAGCGAGCUCGACACGGGCAUCGGGGGGUUGAAGCGGCGCGCGUCCGAGCGCCCGCGAGGCCAGCCAGCGCUCGAGCGUAUCCAGCGCUCAGUGCGCAACAUCGACACGGCGAUCCGCGACCGGCACGCAGCCGUCGACGAACUCGCGCGCCGCGUCAGUGGUCUCCGCCUCCGUUCCGUCUCGCGCGAGGGCACGCCCGGUCCCAGCAUCGGCUCCCCUGCACGCCACACGCCCCGCAAGUCGAGCGUCACCCUGCAGCAGGCGCUGAAGCCUGUUGAAACGCCUGCGAAACCAGCGCUCAGACCGCAGGAGGACGUGCGCGACGCCGUCGCGAAAGCCCUCGACCGCCCGCGACCCCGGAUUACGCGCAAGGACGCUCCCGUCACCAAGAUCAAGGGCGCGAAGGGUGGUAUCGUCGCGCACGCGUCGGUCGCUCGCGGACCUGUCAGUGUCGACAGCAUCCCCCGCCCCGGCACUGCCGUCAUCGCUGGCCCCAGCCGGACGCCGAGCCGUCUGAACCGCUCUGCCCGUGCGGCGACGCCCUCGACGCAAGCGCCGACGCCUGCUCCGGCCCGCACGGAAGCCCCUCCUCCUUUGGCUGCGCCCGUGCCAAUCCCCGCUGCCCAGGUGCCAGCGACGCCUAAGCCGGGACCUGCAUUCGGAGCCAUUGGCUCAGCCUUCGGUGCGACUCCCCCUGCUGCGGCCCCAACUCCGCCAGGAGCAGCAGCAACGCCGCCGAGCACGACGCCAGGAUCCUCGCCCUUCGCGGGCUUUGCGGGCAUCAAGCUGCAGCUCGACCCCGGAGACGUUAGCAGCGGCACUCCGAGCCGGCGCGGCGGCACGUCUCAGCGCGCACACCAGGGUGCGGCCAAGUUCACGGGCUCGACGACGGUAUCGGCGCCGACCUCAGGCGGACUAUUCGGAAACGUCGCAGCGCCCAAACCGGCAACGGACGAGAAGAAACCAGCAGGCUAUUUCAGGUGA